AUGGACACAACAACUACAAGUACAAUUCCAACUACAACAACUACUCAGCAACUAUUCUAUCCAUUAGGUGGAAGUUCCAUUGACAUUCAUCCAAAUGCUCGAUGGCAACAAAAUGGUAUCACUGUAGCUGAAGGAAAUCGAGAAGACAAUGGAACCAAUCAACUCUCAAGCCCUUGGGAUUUGUAUGUUGAUGAUGAUCAAACAAUCUAUGUUGCUGAUACGGCGAAUCACCGUAUUGUGGAAUGGAAAUGGGGUGCAACGAGUGGCCAAGUGGUUGCAGGUGGAAAUGGACAAGGAAGUGGGGAUCAUCAGUUAUCUAGCCCAUUAGAUAUGAUUGUCGACAAAGAGAGUGAUAGUCUCAUCAUCUCCGAUUAUGCGAAUAGAAGAGUGGUUCGAUGGUCUCGUCGAAAUGGAACAAGUGGAGAAACAAUCAUCUCUAACAUCAAUUGUUUGGGUUUGACAAUGGAUGAGAAUGGAUCUCUCUAUGUCGUUGACACUGGAAAAGAUGAAGUGAGACGAUACUGA